AGUUCUAGCACUGACAUGACACAUGAACAGUUGCAGCAGCACCUCCAGGAGCAGUACUUUGCCAUGGCUGGCCUACAAAUGGAUACACAAACUCAACAAAGCAAGGACAGUCUUCAGACUGCAACACUGCAAGCCAAACUUCGGAGCAAGGAUCAGGAGAUUAGAAUGUUGAAAAGUGAACAUGAGCAGCAUAUGUCGGCAGUGUUGUCUCAUCUCUUGUAUUUGGAAGGGCAGAUGCAGAAAGAACAAAAUCACAUCCUGGAAAUUUUACAUGAAAAAGAUGACAUAAUCCGGCGACAGAAAGCUGCUAUAGCAGACUUAGUUGCCAAAAAUAAUCGAUAUCUGCAAGCACUGAAGGAAAGUCAUGGGUAUUCUGCUGACAAUGGUUUGGUGAAACCACAGGGUCACGUUAUACAAGAGAAUGGAAACAUCCCCGCCAUACAGGACCAUGGAAACAAGGUCAUUCUCAGGGGUAACAAAAACAAACUUGGAGAAAAAGUUCAACCGAGUAGCCAUAAAGUUAGGUUCAGGGCAAUGACAGACAGACUUCGCCGCCACAAGAGCAGCCUUGAACUUUAUCACCAUGAGAAACUGGAAACUUUAAUGGAGGCCACUCCGAAGUAUGGUAGCGAGGAGAAUCUGGUUGUGGACAGAUCUGGAAAGUCCAGUUUAUUUGACAGAAAGGAGAGAUGUACAAGUCUUAUAGACUAUCCUGUGGACCUGUUCGAUGUGGACGAAGGACUCACUGAAAGUCCAGACAGUUGUUUUAGUGAAGACUAUAACAGCCCGAUCAUUUCUCGCAAUGACUCCACAUCUUCUCUUGUUACAUUUAAUGAAAAGACACCAUGGAACACAUCAGGGCUACCUUCUGCUGCUACAUACGGUUUCAACGAACUGUCCAAGUCUAGAUCAGUUCCUCAUGCUCUACCAACAGUUGCAGAAAAUGAUGGGACCCCAGCACAUUUAAGAGGCCGCCCACACUCGCUGCCAAGUGUGGAAAUGUUGCCGAAGGAUAUCACAACCACACCAAACAGCAACAAACCACUUGCAGCCAGCUCCGACAGCAGCAUUCCAGCGAGCCCAAGUACCAGUAGUUCACAGCCAGCUUCCGACUCAAACCCAUUCAAGAACUUCAAAAAUGUUUUCAAGAGAAAAGGAAGCAAGAAAAAGCGAACGGCCUCCAUGACAUCAGGCAAAGAUCAAACAGAUGCUCUAAAGCAGCACUUCAAGAAGUAUGACAUGACCUAA